AGGCUCUCUCUCUCUCUCUCUCUCUCUCUUUGCGCGCGAUCUUCGUGGCUGAUUGUGAAUGUUGGAAGACAGAAAUGGAAGGAACCAGGUCCCUUAUUAUCGCCUCUACACAGCACCACAUCUUCGUGCAUUUGAUCCUCAAUUUUCUGCUUCUCUCUCUCUCGUUGAGUGAAUCUACAGAAUUGUGGACUUGCGCUUCGGUUUCGUUUGAAAUGACAGGUCGUCGUGAUCGGUACAGCUUUCGUUGAUUCUUUGGUUCUUGUUCCGAGGAAGGAUCGAUUUCUCCUUCGCCAUGCCUGCAGCUUCUUCCCGGCCGACCUCCGUUCAUCCCGACGAGCUCAAGUUCCACUGUUUGAACUUGUGCAACCUAGGUGAAGACGGACCGAGCUUGUUGGUUUAGGGUUGGAUUGAUUUAUUGGUGCGAAUGCGGGGAUGUCUCGUGGCUUUGGUGCAAUGCGGCGUACUCCGCGAUCAUCUUUUGACCUGAAUCUGGGAUUCGUCAUGAGAGAAUUUCAACCCGAUCGUCCAAAACGAGGUCGUUUCUUCAACAAUCCAAUCUUCUGAGCGGUAGGGAUUGUCAAAUUGGGGUCUUGGAGGUUUGAGCAUUUUGUGAUUUUAAGAGAUUUGUUGUCAGCUUGUGCGCGCUGAACUGAAUGCGAGGUUAUUAAGCUGGUUUGAUUGACAAUAACUUGAAUAUGUCUUUCGGUAUUGAUGCAAUGAGGGGGACUCCACCCGGAAUUACCCUUCUGAGAAGAAUCAGAGGCAAGGAUUGGAGUCUAGCAACGUACAGAUAUGUGGUUCUGUUGGUUACUUUUAUAGCAUAUACUGGCUACCAUGCUUCUAGAAAACCCAGUAGCAUAGUGAAGAGUGUUUUGGAUCCUGAACAUAAGAAGGUCAAUGUAGUGCAACCCUGGCCAGUUGGUGAAUUCUUUGUCAAGAGGCAGUUGGUGGACACUGAGCCAAAUGGAUCACGAGAUGAGGGUUGGGCCCCCUUCAAUGGGAAGGAUGGGACCUUAAAACUGGGUGAGUCUGACCUCGCCUUUCUCGCCUGUUAUUCUCUGGGAUUGUACGUUGCCGGACAUUUAGGGGAUACGUUAGACCUUCGCUUAUUUUUGACUAUUGGGAUGAUUGGGAGUGGCAUUUUUGUUGGGCUAUUUGGGAUGGGUUACUUCUGGAAUAUUCACUUCUUCUGGUUUUAUUUGGUCAUGCAAAUGGUGAGUGGGUUGUUUCAGGCAACAGGUUGGCCUUCAGUUGUUGCUGUUAUGGGAAAUUGGUUUGGCAAGAGGAAGAGAGGAUUGAUAAUGGGCGUCUGGAACGCUCAUACAUCUGUUGGGAACAUUAGUGGGUCACUUCUUGCUGCUAGUGUAUUAGAAUAUGGUUGGGGCUGGUCAUUUAUACUUCCAGGCGCUUUUAUCUUUUGGGGAGGGAUAAUUGUUUACCUGUUCCUAGCUGCUUACCCUGAGGAUGUUGGAUUUGCUUGUCCACAUGGUAUGGCUUCCAGUACGGACACAGCGCUCAAUGAUGAAGAAUCUCAGGGAAGAAAAGGAGAUGUGGUCGAAUCUGAAAAGCAAACCAUGCAAAGGGUUGGGUCAGUGAAUAGGACAGGUGUUGGGCUUCUUGAAGCUUGCUUCAUACCAGGAGUCAUACCAUUUGCAUUGUGCCUUUUCUUCUCAAAGCUUGUGGCUUACACAUUUCUGUAUUGGUUGCCAUUUUAUUUAAGUCAGACAGCUAUUGGUGGUCAGUACGUAUCAGUAAAAUCUGCUGGAAAUCUCUCUACGUUAUUUGAUGUUGGGGGCAUUUUUGGAGGUAUUUUGGCUGGCUAUAUUUCUGAUAAGCUUAAAGCUCGGGCAACUACUGCUGCAAGCUUCAUGUAUGCAGCAAUCCCUGCAAUGAUUAUAUAUCGCCUAUAUGGGAGCAUUUCGAAGACCAUUAAUAUUGUACUUAUGAUGAUUGCUGGUUUGUUUAUAAAUGGGCCCUAUUCCCUCAUAACUACUGCAGUCUCUGUAGAUCUUGGUACCCACAGUUCUCUUAGAGGGGAUGCUCGAGCACUUGCCACUGUCACCGCAAUUAUUGAUGGUACUGGAUCGGUUGGUGCAGCUCUGGGCCCUCUUCUUACUGGUUUCCUUUCUACCAAGGGAUGGGAUGUUGUUUUUUUGAUGUUAAUCAUUUGUGCUUUUAUUGCUGGUAUUCUUUUAUCCCGUUUGAUCAUAGCUGAACUUACUGAGAGAAGUUGCAGCCAGAAAUCUAUAUUCAAUGGGGAGCACAACUCUGGAGCUGCUGCUGAUGCUUCAUCUCAACAACCCCUUCUAAGUGAUCAAAGGUGAUAUCAGGUAGUAUCAUGGUGUCCACAGAAUAAAGAGUAAACAAGCAUUAGUGCUCAAAUACUUGUCAUAAAUAAUCAAAUGUCUUUUGUAUUCUUUUGUACUUAAAUACCAUUGAUAUAUUUAUGCUUUCAUUUUCCAUUAUAUCUUCUUGAUGUUGCAUUUGCUGGGAAGUUAGGAUUCGAUGAAGCAUUUGCUAAUUUUUUGUGAGUUCAGGGUUUUUAUCCCUUGGGAUAAAUUUUGAAUGUCAAAUUAAUAUUUGGUAAUGAAUAGACAAGCAAAGGGGAGCAGAGUGUGUAAUU